AAUUAGAGAAAGAAACAGCCCAGCCCGCUUGCCCUUGAAGUCGAUUGAAAACUUCACAAACAGUUCAAGGUUUGAAAUCCCUAAUUCUCUCGAUUCUUCAAGACCACGAGCGUACCCUUCCGGCAUUAUUGUUACCAGAUAUCUGCUUGGGAAGACUCCCAUCUACAAAUUGUCAAAGACCUCCAUAUGCUGUCUUAGUUUGGUUGGUUUCUUAAAAAAUAUGUCUGCAAGAGGGCGAAUUCGACCAUCUUUUGAAAGACGAUCCAUCCAAGAUCCUGCAAUGAUGAGGCAUCGUCCAUUUCCUGGAGGUCACCGACCAUUGGAGCCCCUUCCUCCGCCCGAGGUUUUAGAAAAUAAGAUUGCUUCACAGGCAGCAGAAAUGGAACGAUUAGCACGGGACAAUCACAGAUUGGCAGCUACACAAAUUGCUUUGAGGGAGGACCUAGCUGCUGCUCAUCAGGAAUUAGAAAGGCUCAAGGCGCACACUAGAAGCAUCCAGACUGAAAGUGACAUUCAGAUAAGGUUUUUGCUGGAUAAGAUUGCAAAAAUGGAAGCAGAUAUUAGGUCCGGCGAGAAGGUAAAGAAGGACUUGCAACAGGCACAUGCAGAGGCCCAGAGCUUGGUCAAUGCCAGGGAGGAGCUGACUGCACAAAUUCAACAGGUCUCUCAGGAAUUGCAGAAGGCUCAAGUUGAUAUAAAGAUUCUACCAGAUUUGCAUGCUGAGCUAGACAGUUUGACACAGGAACAUGAGAGGUUACGAGAAACAUUUGAGUAUGAGAAAGGUUCAAACAUGGAGCAGGUGGAGCAACUGAAAGCAAUGGAGAAGAAUCUAAUUGGAAUUGUAAGAGAAGUGGAAAAUCUGCGUGCUGAGGUCUUGAAUUCGGAGAAUAGAGUACAUGCAGGUAACCCUUUUGUAGGUGGCUACAUGCAUCAUAAUCCUCCAUACCCACCCUAUGUACAAGGCAGUGAUGCUUAUUUUGAUGGAUAUGGCAGACCUGUUGUCAGAGAGGCAAUGAUUCCAUAUGGAAACAGCAAUGGUCCGGCUGCUACUGGUGGGAUUGGUAAUGCAGCUGUCUGGAGAGGGCCUUAUAAUCCAUCACUGUCUAAGAGGUGAUCAUGGGUAAAUGGGUAAUGCUGCUGUCCCAGGUGUUGGUGGCGGUGGUGCACUGGUGCUGCUUCCUGGGGAGGGCUAAAUGAGAUCCAUCACUUGCUGGGAUAUGAGCAUGGGAAGAUAUUAUUGAACUAUUAUUUGAAAGAGCAACUUGCGUUGUUUAAAGUUUCUGCUGGCAGUUAAUAAGCUUUUUCCUACCACAGCAUUGAGGAUAUGCAGAUUGUCAUACCGAAAUAUAAUAUUAGAGACCUUGACCAGAAGAUCUUAAGACGUAAGGUUUUGGGACCUGCUCCGACUCCUAUUUUAUGCGAAUUACAGUCUUCAGUCCUGUUUUUAUGCCUCUCAAGGGUGAUUGAUUUAAAGUUUCUGUAUAUCCUUGUAAUUUAAGUGGAAGCUGAAAACUUUUGGUUCUCUUCGAUUUUGGAAUAAUAAAUACACAGCGAUUUUUAACUAUUGAUCA